GAGAGAGCGGGGCGCCGAGUGCGGGCGGCUGGGAGCGCGCUGAGUGGGGGAGAGGCGCUGCCGCACGGCCGGCCACAGGACCACCUCCCCGGAGAAUAGGGCCUCUUUAUGGCAUGUGGCUGGUAACUUUCCUCCUGCUCCUGGACUCUUUACACAAAGCCCACCCUGAGGAUGUUGGCACCAGCCUCUACUUUGUAAAUGACUCCCUGCAGCAGGUAACCUUCUCCAGCUCUGUGGGUGUGGUGGUGCCCUGCCCGGCUGCCGGCUCCCCCAGCGCGGCUCUUCGAUGGUACCUGGCCACGGGGGACGACAUCUACGAUGUGCCGCAUAUCCGGCACGUGCAUGCCAACGGGACUCUGCAGCUCUACCCCUUCUCCCCCUCCGCCUUCAAUAGCUUUAUACACGACAAUGACUAUUUCUGCACUGCGGAGAAUGCAGCCGGCAAGAUCCGGAGCCCUAAUAUUCGCAUCAAAGCAGUUUUCAGGGAACCCUACACCGUCCGGGUGGAGGAUCAAAGGUCAAUGCGUGGCAAUGUGGCCGUCUUUAAGUGCCUCAUCCCCUCUUCAGUGCAGGAAUAUGUUAGUGUUGUGUCCUGGGAGAAAGACACAGUCUCCAUCACUCCAGAAAACAGGUUUUUCAUCACCUCACACGGUGGGCUCUACAUCUCAGACGUGCAGAAGGAAGACGCUCUCUCCACCUACCGCUGCAUUACUAAGCACAAAUACAGUGGGGAGACUCGUCAGAGCAACGGGGCUCGGCUCUCUGUGACAGACCCUGCAGAGUCCAUACCCACCAUCCUGGAUGGCUUCCACUCCCAGGAAGUGUGGACCGGCCACGCAGUAGAACUACCCUGCGCUGCCUCUGGCUACCCCAUCCCUGCCAUCCGCUGGCUCAAAGAUGGCCGGCCCCUCCCUGCUGACAGCCGCUGGGCUAAGCGUAUCACAGGGCUGACCAUCAGUGACCUGCGCACUGAGGACAGUGGCACCUACAUCUGUGAGGUCACCAACACCUUUGGGUCGGCAGAGGCCAACGGCAUCCUCACAGUCAUCGACCCCCUUCAUGUGACCCUGACACCAAAGAAGCUGAAGACGGGCAUCGGUAGCACGGUCAUCCUGUCCUGCGCCCUCACAGGCUCCCCAGAGUUCACCAUCCGCUGGUACCGCAACACUGAACUGGUGCUGCCGGGGGAGGCCAUCUCCAUCCGUGGGCUCAGCAAUGAAACUCUGCUCAUCUCCUCGGCUCAGAAGAGCCACUCGGGAGCCUACCAGUGCUUUGCCACCCGCAAGGCCCAGACAGCCCAGGACUUUGCCAUCAUUGUGCUAGAAGACGGCACGCCCCGCAUCGUCUCAUCCUUCAGCGAGAAGGUGGUCAACCCCGGGGAGCAGUUCUCACUGAUGUGUGCUGCCAAGGGCGCCCCGCCCCCCACGGUCACCUGGGCCCUGGACGACGAGCCCAUCGUGCGGGAUGGAAGCCACCGCACCAACCAGUACACCAUGUCCGACGGCACCACCAUCAGCCACAUGAACGUCACGGGCCCCCAGAUCCGGGAUGGGGGCGUGUACCGGUGCACAGCGCGGAACUCGGUGGGCAGUGCUGAAUAUCAGGCGCGAAUAAACGUAAGAGGACCCCCCAGCAUCCGGGCAAUGAGGAACAUCACCGCCGUCGCUGGGCGGGACACACUCAUCAACUGCAGGGUCAUCGGCUACCCCUACUACUCCAUCAAAUGGUACAAGGACGCCCUGCUGCUGCCGGAUAACCACCGCCAGGUGGUGUUUGAGAACGGGACUCUCAAGCUGACCGACGUGCAGAAAGGCAUGGAUGAGGGAGAGUACCUGUGCAGUGUUCUUAUCCAGCCGCAGCUUUCCAUCAGCCAGAGCGUCCAUGUUGCCGUCAAAGUGCCCCCUCUGAUCCAACCCUUCGAGUUCCCGCCCGCCUCCAUCGGCCAGCUGCUCUACAUCCCCUGCGUGGUGUCCUCGGGGGACAUGCCCAUCCGCAUCACCUGGAGAAAGGACGGACAGGUGAUCAUCUCAGGCUCAGGCGUGACCAUCGAGAGCAAGGAAUUCAUGAGCUCCCUGCAGAUCUCUAGCGUCUCCCUCAAGCACAACGGCAACUAUACUUGCAUCGCCAGCAACGCAGCGGCCACCGUGAGCCGGGAGCGCCAGCUCAUCGUGCGUGUGCCCCCUCGAUUUGUGGUGCAGCCCAACAACCAGGAUGGCAUCUAUGGCAAAGCUGGGGUGCUCAACUGCUCAGUAGAUGGCUACCCACCACCGAAGGUCAUGUGGAAGCAUGCCAAAGGGAGCGGGAACCCCCAACAAUAUCACCCAGUGCCCCUCACUGGCCGCAUCCAGAUCCUGCCCAACAGCUCCCUGCUGAUACGCCACGUCCUGGAAGAGGACAUUGGCUACUACCUCUGCCAGGCCAGCAACGGUGUGGGCACCGACAUCAGCAAGGCCAUGUUCCUCACCGUCAAGAUCCCAGCCAUGAUCACUUCCCACCCCAACACCACCAUCGCCAUCAAGGGUCACGCCAAGGAGCUGAACUGCACUGCGCGGGGCGAGCGGCCCAUCAUCAUCCGCUGGGAGAAGGGGGACACUGUCAUCGACCCAGAUCGAGUCAUGCGGUAUGCCAUUGCCACCAAGGACAAUGGUGAUGAAGUGGUUUCCACGCUUAAGCUCAAGCCAGCCGACCGUGGGGACUCCGUGUUCUUCAGCUGCCAUGCUAUCAACUCAUAUGGGGAGGACCGGGGCUUGAUCCAGCUCACUGUGCAAGAACCCCCUGACCCCCCAGAGCUGGAGAUCCGAGAGGUGAAAGCCCGGAGCAUGAACCUGCGCUGGACUCAGAGAUUUGAUGGAAACAGCAUCAUCACUGGCUUCGAUAUUGAAUACAAGAAUAAAUCAGAUUCCUGGGAUUUUAAACAGUCCACACGCAACAUUUCCCCAACCAUUAACCAGGCCAACAUCGUGGACUUACACCCAGCAUCUGUGUACAGCAUCCGCAUGUACUCCUUCAACAAGAUUGGCCGCAGCGAGCCGAGCAAGGAGCUUACCAUCAGCACGGAAGAGGCUGCUCCUGAUGGUCCCCCUAUGGAUGUCACCUUGCAACCAGUGACUUCACAGAGCAUCCAAGUGACCUGGAAGGCACCCAAGAAGGAGCUGCAGAAUGGAGUCAUCCGGGGAUACCAGAUUGGGUACCGGGAGAACAGCCCUGGCAGCAAUGGGCAGUACAGCAUCGUGGAGAUGAAGGCCACCGGGGACAGUGAGGUCUACACCCUGGAUAACCUCAAGAAGUUUGCUCAGUACGGCGUGGUUGUUCAGGCCUUCAACCGGGCGGGCACAGGGCCCUCAUCCAGUGAGAUCAACGCCACCACCUUGGAGGAUGUGCCCAGCCAACCCCCAGAGAAUGUCCGAGCCCUGUCCAUCACUUCUGACGUGGCUGUCAUCUCUUGGUCGGAGCCCCCACGAAGCACCCUCAACGGUGUCCUCAAAGGCUACCGGGUCAUCUUCUGGUCACUCUAUGUUGAUGGGGAGUGGGGUGAGAUGCAGAACGUCACCACCACAAGGGAGCGAGUGGAGCUGCGGGGCAUGGAGAAGUUCACCAACUACAGCGUCCAGGUGCUAGCCUACACGCAGGCUGGGGAUGGUGUGCGAAGCAGCGUGCUCUAUAUCCAGACCAAGGAAGAUGUUCCAGGUCCCCCUGCUGGCAUCAAAGCUGUCCCUUCAUCAGCUAGCAGUGUGGUCGUGUCCUGGCUGCCCCCAACCAAGCCCAAUGGGGUGAUCCGCAAGUACACCAUCUUCUGUUCCAGCCCUGGGUCCGGCCAGCCGGCUCCCAGCGAGUACGAGACGAGCCCAGAGCAGCUCUUCUACAGGAUCGCCCACCUGAACCGGGGACAGCAGUACCUGCUGUGGGUGGCCGCGGUCACCUCUGCAGGCAGGGGGAACAGCAGCGAGAAGGUCACCAUCGAGCCUGCUGGCAAGGCCCCGGCAAAGAUCAUCUCCUUCGGAGGCACUGUAACAACACCCUGGAUGAAAGAUGUCCGGCUGCCUUGCAAUUCCGUGGGAGACCCAGCCCCAGCUGUGAAGUGGACCAAGGACAGUGAAGAAUCAGCAAUUCCCACGUCCUUGGAUGGACACCGGCUCAUCCACACAAACGGCACACUGCUGCUUCGUGCCGUGAAGGCGGAAGACUCUGGCUAUUACACGUGCACGGCCACCAACACCGGGGGCUUUGACACCAUCAUCGUCAACCUGCUGGUGCAAGUUCCCCCGGACCAGCCCCGCCUCACUGUCUCCAAAACCUCGGCCUCUUCCAUCACUCUGACCUGGAUUCCAGGGGACAAUGGGGGCAGCUCUAUCAGAGGCUUCGUGCUGCAAUACUCAGUGGAUAACAGUGAGGAGUGGAAGGAUGUGUUCAUCAGCUCCAGCGAGCGCUCCUUCAAGCUGGACAGCCUCAAGUGCGGCACGUGGUACAAGGUGAAGCUGGCAGCCAAGAACAGUGUGGGCUCUGGGCGCAUCAGCGAGAUCAUCGAGGCCAAGACUCACGGGCGGGAACCUUCCUUCAGCAAAGACCAACACCUCUUCACCCAUAUCAACUCCACACAUGCUCGGCUUAACCUGCAGGGCUGGAACAAUGGGGGCUGCCCCAUUACAACCAUUGUCCUGGAGUACCGGCCCAAGGGGACCUGGGCCUGGCAGGGCAUCCGGGCCAACAGCUCCACAGAGGUGUUUCUGACAGAGCUUCGAGAGGCCACGUGGUACGAGCUCCGCAUGAGGGCUUGCAACAGCGCUGGCUGUGGCAACGAGACUGCCCAGUUUGCCACCCUGGACUACGAUGGCAGCACCAUCCCACCCAUCAAGUCUGCUCAAGGUGAAGGGGAUGAUGUGAAGAAGCUGUUCACCAUCGGCUGCCCUGUCAUCCUGGCCACCCUAGGGGUGGCCCUGCUCUUUGUUGUACGGAAGAAGAGGAAGGAGAAACGGCUGAAGAGGCUCCGAGAUGCAAAGAGUUUGGCAGAAAUGCUGAUAAGCAAGAACAAUCGAAGCUUUGACACCCCUGUGAAAGGGCCGCCCCAGGGUCCACGGCUCCACAUUGACAUCCCCAGAGUUCAGCUGCUCAUUGAGGACAAGGAGGGCAUCAAGCAGCUGGGAGAUGACAAGGCCACCAUCCCCGUAACCGACGCUGAGUUCAGCCAAGCGGUCAACCCACAGAGCUUCUGCACUGGUGUCUCUCUGCACCACCCAGCCCUCAUCCAGAGCACAGGACCCCUCAUCGACAUGUCAGACAUCCGGCCAGGAACCAACCCAGUGUCCAGGAAGAACGUGAAAUCAGCCCACAGCACCCGGAACCGGUACUCAAGCCAGUGGACCUUGACCAAGUGCCAGGCCUCCACCCCUGCCCGAACCCUCACCUCCGACUGGCGCACUGUGGGUUCUCAGCAUGGCGUGACUGUCACUGAGAGCGACAGUUACAGUGCCAGUCUGUCCCAAGACACAGACAAAGGACGGAACAGCAUGGUGUCCACUGAGAGCGCUUCCUCCACCUACGAGGAGCUGGCCCGAGCCUACGAGCACGCCAAGCUGGAGGAACAGCUGCAACACGCCAAGUUUGAAAUCACGGAAUGCUUCAUCUCAGAUAGCUCCUCUGACCAGAUGACCACCGGCACCAACGAGAACGCCGACAGUAUGACAUCCAUGAGCACACCCUCGGAGCCCGGCAUCUGCCGCUUCACCGCCUCUCCACCCAAGCCCCAGGAUGCUGACCGGGGCAAGAACGUGGCUGUGCCCAUCCCUCACCGAGCCAACAAGAGCGACUACUGCAACCUGCCGCUGUACAACAAGUCGGAGGCCUUCUUCCGAAAGGCAGACGGGCGGGAGCCCUGCCCUGUGGUCCCACCCCGAGAGGCCUCCAUGAGGAAUCUGCCUCGAGCCUACCACACCCAAGCCCGGCACCUCACUCUGGACCCUGCUAGCAAGCCCUUGGGCCUCCCCCAUCCAGGGGCCCCUGCUGCCACCUCUACGGCCACCUUACCUCAGAGGACUCUGGCUAUGCCGGCACCCCCAGCUGGCACGGCACCCCCAGCACCUGGUCCAACCCCCAGUGAGCCUCCUCCUGCCCCUAGUGCUGCCCCACCAGCCCCCAGCACUGAACCUCCGAGGGCUGGAGGCCCACACACCAAAAUGGGGGGUUCCAGGGACUCGCUACUUGAAAUGAGCACCCCAGGGGUAGGGCGAUCUCAGAAACAGGGGACUGGAGCCUACUCCAAAUCCUACACCCUGGUGUAGGAGUGCUGGCCUCAGGAGAAGGGCUCCACACUGGGAUCUCUGCACCUCCAGCCUCACACACCAACGUGACUGUUUCCUUAAUUAUUUAUAUUAAACUCACAGACGGAAACCCCAA